AUGGGCGAAUCAGAAAUCGUACUGAACACAAUUUCAGAAAGCAAGUCCGACAAUGCUUAUGAUGUGAUGGCUAAGUACUCUAUCGAUUCACUCGGACAUGAUUUGAUUAGACAACGACUAGCUCAAAUUCCAGUUUUUCUAUUGGAAAUGCUUAAAAAAAAAACCAUAAGUAUCUCAACUAAUAUAUAUGUUGCUCAGUCAUUUAUUGUAACCGGUAUUGGUAGCUCAGAGGCUCAUGCUCGAUAUUUGACUCUCUUACUCAACACGUAUACAAAUCGACGGGCUCAGUUUAUCGGCUUUACUGCUUUCACGACGGCGACCGCGAAAGUAUUUCAUUCAGAUCAAAUUCUGAUUCUAUAUAGUCAAGGUCUUUCUCCAAACGCUCAAAUGGUUCUCAGCUACGGACAAACAUAUUUUUCACGGGUUCUUCUAUUUACAUCGAUGAAUAAUGAACAGCUUAAAAGCAAAUGCCCCUGGAUUCUCAGUGACAAAUUGGAGACAAUACAAUUUCCUCUCCAUGAUGAAUAUACUACUUUAAUACGAGUAAUUGGUCCAGCAUGUGGUUUUCUUGCCGCUAUCCUAUUCAUGCAGCAGCUUACUGAUCAACAGUUAGUUGAACAUGAUCAGCUACAACAGAUCAUAUUAGCUACAUCAUCGUUAUCCUUAUCAAUCUCCUCUCAAUCAGCUCUUUUACAAGCCAUGCUAGAAGAUACUGAGCAUCAAUUUUCACGAGGACCGUUCUAUUUGAUCCUUUCAGCACCGCUAAUCGAUGUUUGCCAAAAUAUCCAAUACAAAUUACUCGAAGGUCUUUUCUAUUCGAUGCCUGUCCUAUGCGAUUAUUUGCAAUUUGCUCACGGUACCUAUCAACAAUUACGAUCAAUCACUGAUCGUCCCUCAGCAAUUGUAUGCAUUGUGAAUCAAUCAAACGCACUGGAUGCUGAACUAGAGCGCCGCUUACGAGAGAUGAUCGAAAGCCACAGUGAUAGACGACAGUUAAUCAACAUUUAUACACUGUACUUGUGCUCAUCACCGUCAAUAAUCUAUUCAUUGCUUGAACUUGAAAUGCUCUUUAAUCGACUGGUUUUCGGCAUUAUGUGUGAACGCCGAUGUAACCAAAUCAAUUGGCCGGGCAAAGGAGAAGAUCAGCCUCUUUAUGGGUUCUCAGGUUCGUCUAGUUCUCUUGAGUGA